AUGCAAUGCAACACGUUUUACUUUCCCCAGCUUUCCCCUACGCGAGGCCAAACAGAUCUUGGCUACCAGAGAGAUGAGAGUAGGUAUGCAGUUGAGGUGCCCGGCCUACAGCACUACAGCGCAGAGGAGGAAGACACCGAGCCGCGUCCAUACUUGAACAAUUUUGCAGACGUCAAGUUCGAGCCUCUCGUCGUCUUGCACACUUCUGGAUCUAUAAAUGCUAGAAAUUUGGAAGGCAGUUCCGCAGAGUCAUCACAGGUUCUAGCAAUGAAGCGUUUGAAGUUUUCUGAGAGCCUUGUCGGCACCACAAAAUGCUGUGCGACCCUGGACGCAAGUCUCGGCUCUAAGGUAUCUCCAUCGUUGGCAACGUCGGAGACCAUCUCGGAACAGUACGUGGGGAAUAGGGUAAAGUAA